UUCCCUUCUCUUUUUUUGAGCUGUUCCUUCACUCCGGUGGACGGAAAGUGUUUCCGACGGUUGGGUGCUGUGGAUCUUCAUCGUCCUUCCCCUCUUCUCUCAUUAUUUGGGUUUGGGGGGAAGUCGACGGGGAAAGGGUGAGUCGCCGUCUCCUCGGAAACAUUUUUCGGUGGAAGGGGAGUUUCGUUUAUGCACGCUGGUGGGCGUGGGGCGUGGAACAAAAGGUCUGGGUUCCCCCGGUGCCCUUCUCUUCUCCGGCAACCAGAUCGGAUCCAGUAUGGCAGAGAUUCGGGCGUCAGCAGGGAGGGGGUGGGGGUGUUUGUAGAGAUGGUGGCGCUGAGACGAUAGGUAUCUGCGGCGGAGGGUCAGUCUGGGUGGAGGGAGAGUGGGAGACGCUAACGUAGGUCGGGGUUAAGGUUUUAUUACAACCCGAGGUAGGUCCAGGUGGAGGCGACGGCGACGGCCCAGUCUGUGUGGAGGGAACUGCUAACGUAGGUCGGGAUUAAGACGUGGGCUGAGGCAGGGCGCAGACGUCUGCUGAGUGUACGGGUGGCUCGGGAGGUGGCGGUGGCGCAGCGGCUGAGAUGGGAGCCAGCCGAGGAGUUUAAUUUCCUCAAUCAAUCGGCUUGACCAUUUAUUGUAUCCUAAUUAUGAACAUUUGAUGGUCAUCAAACCGCCAUAAUUGGGGCUUGCCUAUAUACAUCUUAUCAUAUUUUCACUUUUCAUAAAUCUUUCCCCUCUAAAUUCUAAGCAUAGACACAAGGUAGUUUGGCACAACCUACUGGUUUUAUUACAACCUAAUGGUUUUGAUGAUGAGUAAGCUUAUUAAUUAUGAAAACUACAACACUCUAGUUCAAGGGAAAGAGGUGUGUAUUUUCUAAGCAUAGAUACUAGGUUGUUUUGGCACAACCUGCUGGUUUUAUUACAGCCUACUGGUUUUGGUGAUGAGUAAGUUCAUUAGUUAUAAAAACUAUAAUACUCUCUAACUCUAACAAUGUUUAAAUUUUCUGAUUUCCUUUUCCCUCAUUUAUUCCUAACAAUGCUAAAUUUUGGGUACUCAUCACAGUGCUACAUGCUAACAUUUUGCUUGCAUUUACAAAUUCAGCACGGCAAAGUUAUCAAAAUGUUCAGGAAGUCUGUUUGGUGUAUAUGUUUAUCAAUAUUAUGGAUCAUUUGUACUUGUUUAAUAAGAAAUAACAAUUUUUAAAGGGUCUGUUCAUCAAUAUCAUGAUUCCUUUAUUCUUGUCUGUGUAUCAAUAGUAUGAUUUAUUUAAUACUUGUUUAUAUAAGAAAUUACAACUUUUAGGGGGUCUGUCUCUCAAAUCUCAAUAUUACAAUUCCUUUAUACUAGUUUAUAUAAGAAAUAACAAUUAGUAGGGAGUCUAUGAGCUACAGAAGCAUAGCUAAUAUUUUGUUAUUAAUAAGUUUGCUGAUUCUGUAAAUAAAUGCCAUCAGUUUUUAGCUUUGUCCAGUCAAAUAUUGCACCUCUUAUUUCACAUUGAUGUUUAUUAUAAUUUUAUAUUAUUACAGUCAAGCUGGAGGGGAAAUGUAUAUUCCAAUGAGCUUGUAAUAAUGUUUUAGUUUGUCUUCAAUAAUUUCUCAUUUGAAAAAAGUGUUGUUAAACUUUUCCAUGGUCUAUAUUGGUUGCCCCCAUACCUUAUUCAUCCAUAACAUCAAAAGCAUCGGAAAUACCUAAUUCUCCCGGUUCAAACUUGAUGAAAUUAGGGAAUCCUAGCUCUGUUGUCAUCAUACCUGAUUUAUCAAAAGCAUCGGAAAUAACCAAUUCUCCCAGUUCAAACUUGAUGGAAUUAGGGAAUCCUAGCUCUGUUGCCCCUGUACCUGAUUCUUCGGCAACAUCAGAAGCAUUGGAAGUUCCCAUGUCGCCUUGGCCAAACUUGAUGGAAUUAGGGAAUCCUCGCUGUGUUCAUUUGGCGGAUGAACUUAACAUUCAGGCUGUUGCUGCUGCUGCAGCUGCUCAAUCUCCUAAGAAUGGAGCCAACUUUGAUUGUCUCAUAUCAAGAGAGCUUAACCAAAAUCCAUGCUUGAAGUCGAUCCCAAAUCAUGGCAAAUUAUAUGAAUUUGUGGCUAUGAAGCAUCAUACAAGUAGAAGUGAUAUUGUUUCAUGCAAUUCAUGCUCCACUGAGUCCAAUUACGACAGUUCCAUGUCCUCCGAAUCCUUCAAUGUGCAAACGGAAUUGCAGGAACUGAGGGAAGAACAUGGAGAAGAAUUGUCUACAGUUGGAGAUAUUUAAACACGUAACUGCUCAAGAACAUUCUGUGUCUAUAUUGCUUUGUUUUUUGUUUUUUGGCUUCACAUUCCAUCCACUAAAUAAAUUCAUGAAGCAUGGUAACUCCUGACCAGCAGUACAAUUGUUAUAGGUGUGUCUUAUAUGAAAAUUGAACCCCAGUUAUUUGGGAUGUAUUCGGCCUCUUACCUUCACAUCAUGCGCUGGGGGCUGCUUUGUGUAGUUGUGUACAUAUAAUUGAGUGUUGGAAAUGGUUAUUGCAUGUCAAGUUGAACAAUGUUUGUGUUGAAAGAGGUUAUAAAAUUUGAAUCUUAGAUUCAAA